CUAUUUCAGAUAAUAGACACUCGAAAUGUCUUCUCGUCACUAUGUGAGAAUCCCCCACUGCUCUCUCUGCGGGCAGAGGUUCGAUAGAGUUUCAUCCUUCUGCUCAGUAAUAUUAUGUGACAGUCCUGGUUGCGACACAGUGGUCACUCGGUCCAUGACUUUCGGCAGAGAUAGUCAUACAAUCUACCUGGAAGACUUAUGCAUUCAGAUCCAUGACCAUCCGCGAAGGAAAGCAAGAUACGCCCCUUCUGUUCAUACGCUCUGUAACACAGCAGGGGUGGAUCUAGCAAGUCCUCGCACUAUUUAUAAUUUCGGUCUUGCGAUGGUACCGCUGAUAUGGACUGGGCUUCCCCAGGAGAUCUACAGGAAUGAUGAUGAUGCUCUCUCUGAAGCGGUAGCCUCGUUGCUUGAAACUUCCCCAGGUAGUGAAGAUGCAAGCAUGCCAUGGAAGCUGCUGAAGAGAUGUGGAAGACUUCCACUCGAACUCACUAUGAUCAUCUGGGACUUUCUAGCUCCCGGUCCUGUUCGGUGUUUACUUGCACUUAACGCUGCGAAAGGGAUUUGGUCAGAUACUUCUCUUUCUGCUGGCAGUGCGACUAUUUCUUUACAUGGAGAUAUUGUGAUCUACUUUACACAUCUUAUCAAGGAGAGAUAUAUUUGUGGUAUCCGCCAGGGGCAUAUGCUGUGUGGCCAUGAAAGCGAUUCUUUCGCGAAUAUUCGGAUGCCUGCUUCAAGUGCUGCAUGUGUCUUUAGUCUAGGAAUUUACGGACUUCAGAAGAUGGAGUUCUUGACAGAGACUGGACCCAGCUGUACCAGCAAAAGCGACUCAGAUGGUAAGAAUUUCAUUAUUGUCAUUCCUUGCCAGCGGGGAAUGCCGGUUUGUGUGUACAUUGAAUGGGAUAUCUGCAAGAUUUCCGUUGUCAGUUCCCCUGAUAAGUCAACGUUUGGACAUGAUUUCGUUUGGAUCCCUCCAGUCCCAUAUAGCCAAUUAUGUUGGCUGUCUCCGAAGCUCUUCUAUGACUGGCCGCGGCAUUUGGACUUUGCUACCCAGCCUCAGCGAUUCAUGGCGUAUGUACCUUUACGACAGAGAGAUAAAUACUUGUAUGGUCUUACGGCAUUUUGCUCUAGCGAGGGAUUUGUUGGCUUGGGAACUCACUUUUGCUCCCGUUCUGAUUCGGGCUUUCGCAGGCAGGAUUCUUCUGUCUAUUGGUAUGGUAAACAACAUGGUUGCCCUAUUCAUAUUCAACUCGACUGCUCGGAUGCUAUAAGUUCGGUUGAUAUCUAUUGGCAUCAGAGCGAUGCACUGUCAGCCUCUUAUCUUGCUAUCAAAACUAUCAGGGGGAGGAGGACACUCACUCUUGGACCGCAGUUCCCACCUUCCAAAACAGUAACGAAAAACAUAUAUAAUCCAGACGAUGGUGAUAUUCUAGGCCUGUACUAUGAUGCAAGCCCAGGUAUCACUAGAUUCACGAGCCUGGGCACCAUUAUUUGCCGUCCGAAUAACUCGAUAUCAAGUCCGCAUAAUCACGACGACUAUUCCGUACCCCAACCACUACCGAAUUUUGAUCUGAUCUACCUUCUAAACACUUCGCCGUUUACCAGCUUCAGCUCACAAGCCUGUUUGCAGGACAUUGAAAUGAUAGAAGCCUGUUACGUGAACUCCUCCCGGUGUACGGGGAUGCGCCUUCACUACUACAACGACAACGACAACAGCAGAAGAUGCAUCAUCCUCGGCCAGUGGUAUGAAACCUCCCCCCCCCCAUGUUCAGCCGGAUACGAUAUCCAAGCAAUAUCUUUGCAGACCGAUGGCUUCCUUCGGUUUUUCUUAGCAUACAACAACCACAAGCAGCAGCUUGUUACUCGUGUCGAAGCCCUCACCGGCGCUACUGCUGCUACUGCUGCUACUGCUGCUACUGCUGCUGCUCCUGGCGAAACAGGGCCAACGUUUGUGGACGUAGCCUAUGGCGAUGAAAUUGGAUGGAUGUUUUCAGGCGACUCGGAUAUCAUUCUGUGUCUUUCUGGAUCAUAGGACGUUCGACAAUGCUCCUCCCUUUUCACCAGCUUAGGCAAUGAUGAACUAUAGAGCAUGGCUCUUAUACCCUAUACUUUAUGUAUAUGAUGAUAGCUAUCUAUGCCCCUCCUCUCUGCUAUCUCCAUACUAGAAUUUCUUUGGGGGGUUUUUUGAGGCUUUUUUUCCCUGUAGGCUCUUAUACCUACUAUCAGGUUGCGGUAGAACAUAAUUUUCUAUAGCAACUCACACGAUAAAAGUCCUACUACUACUACAUAGUACUACAGUCUUAUCUUCCUCCAAGUUUUCCUUCACCCCAAAACAAGAGAGGGUUCAUUACCCAUCCAUUAUAUAUAUAGGAAUUGAACGCAUA